AUGAACGCUUCUGUCCAAGGUGACAGGCCUAGCCAGGACAAGAGGUACACGCUCAACCAUACUCAAGAGAGAGCGGUACGGCGCUUACUGUUUCUGUGCGCGUUGGUGUUUGAUGCCCUCACAAUAAUCCUCGUCGUCUUUCUAUGCGUCGGCGCAUGGACAAAGUCGGGUUAUGUGAGAGAGUUAAAAGGUAUCAACAACAGAGAGGCCCACCUUGCUACCUGGUCAACGGCAUACAGCCGGCGCCCGUCAGACGAAGAGACCACCGUCGUCAUCAGUUGGCACCUCAGCAGCUGCUGCUACUCACAGUCCGACGAAGACAUACACUCAGGGCAGGAUGGAUGUAUCCGCCGGGCCCCCGGCACCCCCUUCGACCUUGAGAGCAUCAUGGAGGACGUCGCUUAUGCAAUAGGGGGAUACUCGAUGUAUUCCUCAAGGGGGGGCAAAUUCUCGGCUCUAGAAUCGCAAGACAUUGACCUCUCGAAGGCCCCCAUAAUCACCUCGUCCAGAACCGCGCUCAUUACCUACAUCGUCUUCACGUCGGUCACCGCGUGCCUCUGGUUUUGGCACUUCUUCGUCGGCAUGAUUCCGGACGCACCUGACUGUGGUCAACGGCCAUUGAGGUGGACGACAUCCUCAGGGAGGGAAUACGAGAGUGUCUUCGAAUACCACAGCGCCGGCAUUUCAAUGCUGGUCGUCACCUGGAUCGCCUCGGCAAGCCAUCUGCUCGCGGUUGCGGCAUACAUCGCUGCCGUGGUCAUUGGCAAACGACUGCAGAAGCCGGACCAAUACCCGCCAGAGUCAGAGCCGUCGGACAUGGGAUCGAUGAUUGACGAACACCGAGUGAGGGAGGUAGAAAUGCCAACGGAAGCCGAAAGAGAUGAACAUUAUAGGAGGCGUCUUGAGGAAUUUGUUCGCGUGCGCGGCCAGAGGCGACGAGCAGAAGCAGCUCCCUCUCAUUUGGAUCGCAUUCACGAAGAGAGUCAGGCGAAUCAUGCCGAUGACGAUAGCGGGUUGCCUUCGUACUCGAGGGUCGAUCCGUACGCGAAGCAUGCGCCGGUGAAGCCAAAUGCUGCGACGGGUCCGCCUAUAGAAAUGCACUGA